AUGCAUAAAGCUGCCUUGAAGUUCGUGUACCAGUCUUUUUUUAGAGAGCUCCAGUUGCUCCACAUCUUUUGUCAGCACGUGGGUUCUCAGGCUUUCACAGCAGCCACGCUGGUGGGCACACCGCUCGUAGGGCUUGGCUUCCGUACUCCUGAGGAGCCGCGCCGUCGCCGCUUUAAGAAGGGGUCUCGCGUCCCUCCCCAGCUGGCGCGAAGCCCCACCCACCCUCCCGGGAAGGAGGGCGAGGCGGCGCAGCUGUUACUCGGAGGGGCGGAGCUGGGCCAGGGGGGGUCCAGACUGGCGGAGGCGGCGUCCCGGGACGGCGCGGACCCCAGGGGCUGCUGCCCGGCCGCUGCGGCGCUCAUCUUCGUCUGCGCUUUCCAGCUGGUCACUGCCUUGGAGCAUCAGGUAUUUGACUUUCUGGGCUUUCAGUGGGCACUUCUGGCCACCUUCGUCCACAUCGUCAUGGUCAUCCUGGAGCCCUUGGGCACCAUCCAGUACUGGCCUCGCUACAUUGUGGUGUACGCGGUGUGGGCGGCCAUCUGGGUCACCUGGAACGUCUUCAUUAUCUGCUUCUACCUGGAAGUGGGGGGACUCUCAAAGGACAGCGAGCUCCUGACCUUCAGCCUCUCCCGGCACUGGUCCUGGUGGCGUGAGCACGGCCCGGGCUGCCUGCGUGAGGAGCCAGAAGCUGGUCUGGGGCCCCCGGAUGGACCGGCCUUGGGGCCAGGCGUUGGCUGUGUCCUGGAGCAUGGCUACGCCGAAGCCCUGCACAGUGCCCUGCAGAUCCAGUUGGCGCUCGUGGGCUUCGUCUAUGGCUGCUACAUGGUCAGCGUUUUCACCGAGGAGGAGGACAGCUUUGAUUUCAUUGGUGGAUCUGACCCAUUUCCUCUCCACCAUGUCAAUGAAAAGCCUUCCGACCUCUUGUUCAAGCAGGCGUACUUGUAUGUCUGGCCAGCAGAGCCUGCCCCUGGCUGGGUCUAG